AUGGCGGGCUUGUCGAAGGCUGCCUUCCUGAAGACCGACCUGGAAGCUGCGCUGCCCGACCCGGACGCCCGCGUGGGUCGCCGGAAGCGGGCGAGGCAGCGCGAGCAGGAGCGGGAGAAGGAGGAGCUGCACGCCGAGAAGGCGCCGCGCACCUCCCGCAGCUGGGUGGAAGCGGACAGGCGUGCCACCAAGCUGCCCACCGCCGGCGACGAGGGCGAGCCCGGCAGGGAGGACCGGCCCGCCAAGGGCCAGAAGUUCGGGGCCGCCGCGGACAGCGGCGUCGGCAAGAAGAAGUCGAAAAGCGGCAGAAGCACUCCUAACACCGUGUGCGGCAAAAAGAAGAAGCUGUGCGACACUUCCACGGUUUGGACCUUCAGCGGCUCGGGCUGGGGCACCAUCGAGGAGAAGCUAGGCGAGAAGGUGCAGGGCACGCUGCAGCGCUACGCAGUGCAGGAGCAUCAUCUCGCUGAGGAUAAGUGGCCUGUGGUCACGCAGUGCAUGAACGCGCAAGCUGCGGCCUGGGUCUCGGUCGGCAAGGGCGUAGUGAUCGCGUCCAUCGACCUGUGGACGGCGACAGGUAUGUCGUACCGCAAGAGGGAGCUGCUGACUCACGUCGUAGAGCAGCUGCAGACGCUGGGAGUGCCGUGGAUCGUGGGCGGCGGCUUCCAGGCGCAGUUGGCAGGCAUACGCGCGCAGGAGGGGUGGCCACCGACGCUGCGCAAGCCUGUCGGAAUCGCGAUCAAGCUGACGGUGGUCGAGCGCAACGUUAGGCUUGUGGAGGGGCCGAAGCCCGUGCCCGAACUGCAAAUAGGUUGUGCCUCUGCGCCGCCAAGAUACGAGCAGGUGGUCGGCUUCAUCUCGGAGGAGGUCGCGAACCAGGAGUGGGCCAAGUACAUUCGCGCGCGCACGGCGUCUGCCUGCCGCCUGGUUUGGGCCUUCUGCUUGGCAAGGCGGGCGCGUGAUCCAGCCCUGCCGGCCAGGUGCGGGGGGGGCGUGAGCAGAGCUGGAGAUCUGGGGGAGUACAUUCGCGCUUUCGAGAAGGAGGCCUUCGCGAUCAGGGGCAUGGCACGGGCCGAGAAAGACCCGCGCGCAUGGCGGUCGGAGGCGCCGAAGUGGCGGAUCACGCCGCUCACCUUCGGAGGCGACAGCUUCUCGGCGGCAGCGCGGCAGGCCACUUGGUGGAGAUGCCCGGCUAGGUCCCUCAGGAACCUGCAGGGGGCGCGCCAGAGGCUGCAUGCGACGACGGAGCAGUGGGACAUGCGCACGAGAGAAAGGAUGCAGCGUGAGAAGCUGUUCAAGAUAAGGAACCGGCGCACGAAGCACUUGGCGGCCAAGGGGCAGGGCGCGCGGCAAGCGCGCUGCGAGCUGUUGGCAACGAGGCGCCGGAGAAACUGCGCGGAGACAGGAAAGCUUCGAGAGUUGCGCUCGGAGGCGGCUUGCAAGUCCAAGGAGUGCCACCAGCAGCUGGUAGAAGGGGAGGCGCGCGAAGUGAGCUGA